AUGGUCUCAACUCGACAUUCUCCGGAUAAAACAUUGAAUAGAUGGUUCGCAGCUAUGAGAGGUACCUGA